UUUUGUUGUCCGUACAGCAAAUUUGAAUUAAUAUUCUUUUUGGCAAAUAAAUCUUUAUCCUCAACGAUCCAACAUGCCGUCGCAUAGAAUUCUGUCGGUCGGAUCGGAUGAGAGCGUUGUGAUCGCCGGAGUGUCUGGUCGGUUCCCCAGGGCCGAUAAUGUUCGCGAGUUCGCUCGCAGUUUGUAUGCUAAGCAAGAUUUAGUGGACGAUUUGGAGACCCGAUGGAAGCACACGAUGCAGGACGUACCACGCAGGACCGGAAAGAUCAACAAUUUGGAGAAUUUCGAUGCUGAUUUUUUUAGGGUGGGUCGAUAUGAACGAGACACGAUGGAUCCGCAGAUGCGCAUGACAAUCGAACACGCCUAUGAGGCUAUGCUCGAUGCCGGAGUCAAUCCACAAAGCAUGCGAGGAUCCAGGACGGGAGUGUUUAGUGGAGUGUGUUUCUCGGAGACUGAAGUCAACAUGUACUACAGAGCUUGCCCUCCGCGGGGACUUGGAUUGUUGGGUUGUUCCAAAUCACAGAUUCCAAAUCGUGUUUCCUAUCUAUUGGAUUUCAAGGGACCAAGUUAUGUGCUGGAUACGGCUUGCAGCAGUUCAAUGUAUGCCUUGGACGUGGCGUACCGAAGCAUGAUGAAUGGCGAGUGCGAUGCUGCAAUAGUGACGGGAGCGAAUCUCACGCUGCAUCCUUUCAUAACAUAUCAGUUUGCAAUGCUGGGAGUGCUGUCGAAAAAUGGGUUAUGUCGACCUUUUGACAAGGAUGCAACGGGGUAUACUCGCUCAGAGGCAGUGUGUGCUGUGUUUUUGCAGAAAGCUAAAGAUGCGAAACGCAUCUAUAGUUAUGUCGUUCAUUCUUCUGCGAACUGUGAUGGGUUCAAAUCUGAAGGAAUUACUUACCCCUCGGGAUUAGUUCAGCAGCAGCUUCUUACUGAGUUCUACGACAAAGUAGAAAUCAGUCCCACGGAAGUUGCUUAUGUUGAAGCGCAUAGCACCGGUACAUUUGUGGGAGAUCCGGAGGAAUGCGAUGCAAUCGAUAAGGUGUAUUGUACUGGUCGGAAAGGGCCUCUAUUGGUAGGGUCUGUUAAAUCCAGCAUAGGGCACACGGAGGCUUCGGCAGGAGUAUGCUCAAUAACAAAAUGCAUCAUUGCGAUGGAAAAUGGCCUAAUUCCUCCGAACAUCAACUUUACUGAGUGCAGGCCAACUAUCCCCUCUCUUAUGGAAGGACGUCUAAAAGUUGUUACCGACACUAUUCCUCUUCCGGGACCGUUGGUUGGUAUCAAUUCCUUUGGUUUCGGAGGGGCAAACGCUCAUGCUUUGCUUUGUCGGAACUUGAAGGAGAAGAUCAAUAGUGGAGUACCAGAUGAUGAUCUACCUAGGUUAGUCAUAUGGUCCGGAAGAACUCGAGAAGCCAUUGAAUACAUGUUUCAGGACAUAGGUCAACGCCCGCUGGAUGUAGAAUUUAUUGCGCUUUUGUACAACAUUCAGAGACAGCCUACCGCAGGUCAUCGCUAUCGAGGAUUCGGAAUCUAUCAAAAGAAUGGAGAACGGCCAGCUGUGCUACAAUCAUCGUAUAUUGAUCGGGUAAAAAUUGAAACACUUCCGGUGGUAGCUGUUUUUGGUGGACUGAACAACAACUGGAGACGAGAGUUGGAUGCGUUGCGACAGUUCUCCAUUGCGGAAACUACAUUCGUGAAAUGCAGGGAAAUUCUCCAAACACUGAAGUUCAAUCUCUACAAAAAGCCCUCUGAAAAAGAAAGCUUAUUAUAUAAUAUGCUGGGCACAACGAUUCUGCAACUGUCCAUCGUUGAUUUACUGAGCUACAUCGGGGUUAAGUUCGAUUUCUAUGGAGGACAUUCCAUUGGACAGUUUACAUGCGCCUAUAUUGAUAAUUGUUUGACGCUCGAACAAGCUCUUCAUCUGGCAUACUGGACUGGUUUAGUUUAUUCUGAUUGUCAUGCGGUUUGCGAUCGUACUGCGUUCGUCCGAAUAACCUCUAAAUUAAAUCAGCUUCCGUUCAAGAAAUUUAUCAAGGAUGACUCAACUUCGUUUGGCGUACUGACCGCUGCUGAAACAGUUAUCGCAGAACAGGUACGCCAAUUGAAAUCAUCUGGAUUCGCUGCUGAGGAGCUAUCAUUUAUAGAUAUCCAUUCGGAUUCGAAGAAAUCUUCAUUGCUUGGAAACAAGUUACGUCAGAUAGUCAACACUGUAUUAACAAGUGUAUUGCUGCCUAGUGAAAAGUGGAUUACUUCUAGAUUACCGCAGAUUUCUUCAAUCUUUCAUUCGCCAAAGCUUCACGACGUGACAUCCGUUGUGAGUUUGAUUGAGAAAAUACCCCGUCAUUCAUAUGUCGUUGAGUUCGGAUGCUCACAACCCCUUGAAAAUGUUCUUCGUCUGUUGAACCACAACUCGAUCUACAUGCCAUGCAAUGAGCCUUCUGAUGAUAUCAGCCGAUUGUUGUGUCGAAUAGGACAUUUAUAUUUGACGGCACAGGAUCUGGACAUUGCCAAACUAUACCCGGUAGUUCAGUUUCCGGUGUCCCGAGGAACUCCAAUGAUCUCACCACUGAUCCGUUGGGAUCACCGGGAAAAAGCUUUUGUUGUUAAGUAUUCUUGGCAAGAGCGUAGGAAGAGCAACUUAAUGUGGUACAAGAUCUCCUUGACUAGUCAAGAAUUUCAACAUAUCGUUGGUCAUUGCAUCGAUGGCCGGGUUUUGUUCCCAGCUACAGGAUAUUUGCAAUUGGUUUGGGAGUUGAUGGCUUUUAUUGCAAAUCGGGAUACAAUUGAUUGUCCGAUUGAGUUCGAAGACGUUAGAUUUUUGCGAGCCACCACUAUAACAAAAGGACGGAAUGUUGAGUUGCUUGUUUCUAUUCAGGAAGAGUCCGGCUGUUUUGAGAUUUCUGAAGGAGAUUCGAUGGUUGUUUCUGGAAUCACAAGAUGGUUGGUCAAUGAAAAUUAUACUCCAGUAGUAGAAAUGGCUUCCUCGGCACCAGUACUGCCAACGCGGGACUUCUAUAAGGAACUUAGACUGCGAGGUUAUCACUACACAGGACUAUUCAAAUCUGUUCUGGAAGCUAGAUCUGAUGGCACGAUGGCAAAAAUCCAAUGGAAGGGCAAUUGGACGGCGUUCUUAGAUGGCAUACUUCAAGUGGGAAUCAUUGGUCUUGAUUCGCGAUCUUUGAUGGUCCCGACAGUCAUUGAAAAGCUUUGCAUCUCGCCGAAAACUCAUUUGGCAAUGAUGGAGCGUGAAGAAGACUGCGAGUUCUACAGGAUCAAAAGCUGCCCUAAAACAAAUGUUUCGAUUUGCGGUGGGAUCAUGGUUUCCAAUCCUCGAGCUAGCACGGUGGGUCGUAGGAACCCUCCUGGAAUUCCCGUGCUAGAGACGUACCAAUUCGUACCGUAUCAAGCUAACGAACAAGUUUCUACUCUAGAAGCAAUCAGAAUGUGUGUCCAGUUGGCGUUGGAGAAUGUCCCGAUGCUAUCCGUAAGUGUGACAGAAAUUCACAGCGAGAGAGUUCCGGUUGUAGCACACUUGUUCGGAGAUGCCAUCGCUGAUCUUCCAUUGGUAAAAGCAAAUCUGACCGUCUUAGCAGAAGCUGACAUGGAGCUGCAAAACAUCACUGUCAAAUUGGAGAAGCUAUCUGAACAAUCGAACCAAUUGUUCUUGAUCACUGAUAGUAACUGGAGUGAUCCAAACUUUUUGCAAAGUGCCACUGGUAUCUUGGUUGACUGUGGAUUCAUAAUUGUUCGCGAGAAAGCAGAUUUUAAGCUGGAGGAGCUAAACCUACCAGAAGAACUCAAUUUGGUUGCAUCGUUUCGAGUUGACCAAGGUGAAACAUUUAUUUGCUUGCAGCGUAAAAGUAGGGGCUUCAGCGAAACUCCAACCGUCCUGAAAGUUGAUUCGUGCGAUUUUAGUUGGCUUGCAGAGCUAAAGCAAGCUGUGAAAGUCCGGUCUGUAAUUUUGUUCUCGCAAAAUGACUCAGUAUCAGGCGUAAUCGGCUUGGUGAACUGCAUCCGUAAGGAGCCUAAAAUGCAAACAGUGCGAUGCGUACUUAUCGAUGAUCCAAAAGCGCCAGAAUUCACUUUGAAUGAUUCGUAUUAUAAGAAACAGUUGGAUUUAGGACUUGCAAUCAAUGUCUUACGGAAUGGCGUAUGGGGUAGUUAUCGUCACGCGUUGUUAUCGAAAAAACCAAAACUUGAGCCCGUCUCCAAGCAUUGUUUCGCGAACACUCUGACAAAGGGUGAUUUGUCAUCCAUGAUGUGGUUCACAGGGGCUUAUAACGAGAUGGACAAUGUAGGAACUAGGGUGAAUGUUUCGUGCUGUGCCUUGAACUUCCGCGAUGUGAUGGUUGCCACAGGAAGGUUGUCAUCAGACGUGAGCUCAUUCCACAGGUUGGAAGAGGAGUGUGAAUUAGGAUAUGAGUUCGCUGGGGUUACUGAAGAUGGUCGUAGAGUCAUGGGAACUUUGCCUGCAGGAGCAUUAUCUUCGGUGGUGGAUGUUGAUCCCUGUCUUCUGUGGACAGUUCCUGACAGCUGGAGUCUACAAGAUGCUUGUACCGUGCCAGUUGUGUAUAAUACUGUUUUAGCAGCGUUCACUAUGUGUGCUGACAUUAAGAAAGGGCAGUCUGUAUUGAUCCAUGCAGGAACUGGAGGAGUUGGACUAGCUGCAAUCAAUGUUGCCCUUGCGUAUGGAAUGGAGGUGUUCACAACUGUAGGAACGGAUGAGAAAGCAAAUUUCCUGUUGAAUGAGUAUCCUACUCUGAAGCGAGAGAACAUUGGAAAUUCCAGGGAUUUGUCUUUCGAGCAGAUGAUCAAACUAAGAACCAACGGAAGAGGAGUUGACUAUGUGUUGAAUUCGUUAGCUGAAGAAAAGUUACUGGCUUCAGUUAGAUGCUUGGCGAACGGCGGACAUUUCUUAGAAAUAGGAAAGUAUGACAUGGCUCGGGAUUCUAAGCUAUCGAUGGAGCUAUUUAGGAAGGGAAUUACAUUUACAAGCGUGAUGUUGGACUCUUUGAUUAGGGAUGGCCCAAAGCGAAAACAUGAUUUACAAACCAUGCUCAAAGAAGCAAUGCGAGCGGGGAUCGUUAAACCGCUAAGGACAACUGUUUUUGAAGUUGCAGAAUUGGAGAAAGCAAUGAGAUUUUUAGCCAGCGGAAAGCACAUGGGCAAAGUGGUGAUUAAACUGCGUGAAAACGAGAAUGAUGCCAUGACGUUACCGAUUUCUUACUAUCCCCAUGUGUUUUGUAAUCCGGAUCAAGUGUACGUAAUUGUCGGUGGGUUGGGUGGCUUUGGUUUGGAACUGGCUGACUGGCUUAUCCUUCGUGGAUGCAGGAAACUGGUGUUUAGCUCCAGCCGAGGCAUUACGAAACCUUACCAGGAGUACAGAAUUGGAAUUUGGAAUGGCUAUGGCGUUCGCACGCAUGUAUCCACUGCAGAUGUAACUACAAUGAGUGGUUGUCGUACUCUGUUGGAGGAGGCUUCUCGAAUCGGCUCAAUUUCAGCAAUCUAUAACUUGGCCGUACAGCUUCGUGAUGCCAUUUUAGAGAAUCAGACCGUUGAGAAGUUCGUAGAAUGUUUGGCACCUAAGGCGAAGGCAACGGAAUGCCUUGACAUUGUCAGUCGUGAGCUAUGUCCUUAUUUAAAAUAUUUCAUCGUGUUUUCUAGCGUUUCUUGUGGUCGUGGAAACGCAGGUCAGAGCAAUUACGGAAUGGCUAAUUCUGUGAUGGAGCGGAUUAUAGAGCGCAGAGUUAAGGAGGGCCUUCCCGGUAAGGCAAUUCAAUGGGGAGCUAUUGGGGAGGUUGGACUGGUUGCAGAUAUGGCAGAAGACAAAGUUGAUUUGGAAAUUGGAGGAACACUGCAGCAACGAAUUUCGUCGUGUCUUCAAGAGAUGGACUACUUGCUGACAUGCGAAGAUCCAAUCGUGGCCAGUAUGGUAGUGGCCGAGAAGAGAUCAGGAAGUGGUUCAAAGAAUGUAAUAGAAGCAGUGAUGAAUAUAAUGAGCAUUCGAGAUUUAAAGUCGGUUUCGAUGGAGAGCACUUUGGCGGAUAUUGGAAUGGAUUCGUUAAUGGCAGUGGAAAUCAAACAGGUUUUGGAAAGAGACUUCGAUAUAGUUUUGUCCCCACAAGACUUGAGAACACUAUCCUUCGCAAAAUUGUUAAAAAUGGACGAGGAGAAAAAGCAAGCCGCUAUCGAUCAAGAAACCAGAGAAAGCGAUCAAACAGCUGCUGGAAUGCAAAUGUUGUUAAGAAACCUUGGUAACGAGGAGACCAGUGAUACCACGUUCCUACGAUUGCCUUCUGCUGGUGAGGAAGGACGUCCAUUCUUAGUUAUUCCUGGCAUUGAAGGUGUCGCGGGAAAUGUAUGGAAGACAAUAGCCAAGGGAGUAAAAUCUCCUGUUUAUAUGUUGCAAUCAAGUGCUACUUUAGAAUGUGAGAGCAUCUCAAGCAUUGUUGAACGAAUCAUUGAUGAACUUUGUAAUUUAAUGUUCAGUGAUUUUGAUAACUACACAAUAAUUGCUUAUUCAUUCGGUUCGCUCAUUGGCAUCGAAAUAGCCAGAUAUCUACAGUCGAAAGGCAUCCGUGGAGAACUUGUUUUAUUGGAUGGUGCUCCAAAAUAUCUGAAAUAUUGGUCUUUGAAGCAACUGCAUAAUAACCCAUCAGAUGAAGAAGUGCAGAAGCUAAUUUUACUCGUUUUGUUCGCCAUGAUAUUUCCGGACGAUCGCUCAGAGACAGCAAUGUCCAUUUUGAAAAUAUCCUCAUUCGACAACCAGAUUGAGAAACUAAUCGAAUUGGGAGCGGAACAGAGUGAAUAUUCACCGGACUACACAAGAGGAAUGGCGAGUGCUCUUUGCAGAAGAGUGAAAAUGGCAGCGUUAUUGAGCCUCGAUGAAGAUCAACCACUGGACCUUCCCAUUACGCUGGUACGACCAACCGAGCAGCCUUUUACGGAUAUUGAGGACAACUAUGGAUUGUCGAGCUAUACGACAGGUGAAAUAACGCUCCGAACGGUUGAGGGAAACCAUGUGUCCAUGCUGGACAAUGCUGCUCUAGUGGAGAUAAUUAAUAAUUUUUGUUUAUAAUCAUGGUUUAGAAUAUUCUUAAAAUAAUGUUUUUGUGAAUUUCAUUUGAUUUGAAAUGUACACGAAAUACAUAUUUAUAUUUUUAUAUGAAUUUCAUUUUAAUUUAAUUUAUAUUCAUAAUUAUGAUGUGAGAAACCGGGAAACGUCGUUGUGUAAAUAGUUAUGAAUUUUAUUAUGUAAGAAGACCCAGCAAACACAAGAUCGUUGUAUAGUAAAUACGUGUACAAAAUGGAGGCCAUGUACGUACACUUUGCAUGCAGUCAAUUAGUGGCAUGCGCCUAUAUCGUCUCCAACUUGUACUCUUAUUCACUAGCAACUUUGUGUGGGCUCAGCCCACAGUAUAAUGAAAACAGUAUAAUGAAAAAAUAAAUUUCCCGAUACUAAUUUGCAUGUAAACUUGAAACGGCUUGUGCUAAAUCAGUUUUAAUACAAAUGAGCUCAAAUUUUCAGAGGACACUCAGAACAUGGUAAAGAAUCAAAUGAGCACUGUGGAGCAAAAUCAAUUUUUUGAACCACCCUAAUACACAUGUCUAUGAAAAUGGUAGUUUUCAUAUUAAUAAUAUCAAUAUGCGAUGUCAGGAACUGGUUCCGUAUUUUGGAGUUGUAUCAAGCAGUGUAAACAUUAUUAUGCAACAAAGUAACCUUGUGAAAUGCUUGCGAUAGGUAAGGGAAGGUGGUCGGUUGUCGGCACCCCGUCGUAACUUUUGACAGAAAACAUACGUGGUCAUUCUGACAUUUGCCAUACGUGUGCUAUGUAAGCACGAUCUUGUUGUGUCCAUUUCCGAAGCAUAUAGAAGUCUUUCUUACGUUUUACAGAUAAAACACUUUUUUGUCAAGUGAAAACCUUCUCCAAAGGUUUUUUUUGGUCAUUGGCUUAGUGUUAUGAACCGAAGUUAAAUGAUCGAAAUGGUGAGCGCAUUACGUAUUUACUAAGCAAAUUUACUCUAUUUUGUGAUUCAAUAUUGAAUGCCACCGUAGCGGUCACAAUUUAACUAUUAUUUUCAUUUUUCAAAAGGGUUACUUAUUUAGGUUGUCGGCACCCAGGUGAUUAUCAAGGGAAAUCAUCAGUUUAUUGCCUAAUUUUAGACUAUAAGCCAAGUUGUUAGCAAAACUAACAUUUUUUGAAAUCUGUACAAAAUGUGUAUAAUGUACUUAAAUGUAAUAAAGUCCCGUUACGCUGGGAUAUGAAUAUGUACUCUGAAGUAGUGCGUAACGGUGUAAAUCCGGUCAUAUCGCCAGGUUCGGUACAACACUGAAUCCCAGGUGUCAGGCGACCCGUGCUGAGGGGAUGAAUGACCUGGGGGUGAAACAAUUUGCCAGGCAGUUAACGGAGCCUGUAAUGCUGGGUAGACACUUUUCGUGUUGCAUUACGGAGUAAGAUCUACCACACUGUGCUUUAGUUCUUACUAUUCUUGUUAAUACUUAUGAGUGAUGCUCGGAAGAGUUUGGAACGACUUUAAUUUGCUUUUAGAUGACCCAUUUUUUGCGCCUUUUGGAUGGAGUCAAUGAAGUAAAUUGUAAAAAUGAAACUCAAUCUUAGGCUGGUUUCGAAGCCGACGACAUGAAUUUCCAAACUCCAGAGCGCUGAUUAAUUAGGAAAGAAGCGGAUACGAAUUUGGUAGAUCUGCUGAACCAUCUGACUGAUUAGAGCUCUGUGAAAAGGUGAGAUUUGCCAAACGCAAUGAAAUCAGAUCUCUAUACAAAAACGAAUUCGGAACUCAUAAGAAGAACCAAAAAUACGUUUGAACUUCAGUACCGAUGCAUGGUCAAAAUCACUAUUAUCAAACUUAUUGUUGAGCCGAAACUGAUUGAUACUACAAAACUCGCGUGAUUUUUGAAAACGUCGUAUGUCCAAGACUCUCUUUCAUUACGGUCUUUUUCACUAAUAUCGAAGCUGGUUUUGCAUUUAUUGCAAUAUUUCCACCUCUGCACGCCAGACGUUACUAUUUUCUUCAGAUCUCUGUUGAAACAUCCGAUGUAAAUGUUAGUAUGGCUUCGUAAUAAUCGAAAGAGAAAGUAAACAAAGAGAGCCUCUCUUUUGGACUUACGACGUUUUCAAAAAUCACGCGAGAAAAGUUCAAUUAAAUGGACGCAGUGGUUCAGCCCGAACAAAAAAAAAAGAGAAGGAAAAAAAUUAUUGCUAUUGACACAAUAAAUCUUGAUCUUUCCAGCCAUAACGCUCCCACUUAAUAUUUUUUCAUUUUGAGUGUUUUUCAGGGUGCCGACAAUCGACCACCUUUUUUGAAAUGGCAUAAAAUCAACGCUUAACAAAAUUGUUAAUAUAUUUUUUUCCAAUAGAUGAAAUAAAACAAAUUUCUCUACCGAUUAUUA